AGGAACCCAUCCCCCUCCUUCCUCCUCAUUGUACUCGACCAAACUACCCAAGAAAGAGGAAGAAACAUCUCUCCAACCCUCCUCCAUUGCUGCAACUCGAGCUCAACCAAGGAGGAUCCAAGAAGUGGGAUUAAAGAAGGAAAAAGGCUAGGAAAAGUGUGAAAUAAUUAAGGGACUUGUAAAGGGUAUUUCAAGUGAUUUCACAAAGUUGGAAAAGUCGCCGGAGUAGUCGCCGGAGUUGACCAAAAGUCGCCGGAGUUUCACCGGAGUUCAACCAAGAAGGGUAAAACUUCAAAACGCUAGCUCAAGAUUACAAAAUGGACUGCUCCGUACAAACACACUAUCCCACUCUAGGGGAUGGAAAUGAGGGAGAAGAUUAUUUGGUUGAAGAUGAUGCUUAUGGUCUAGAGGUUGAUGGUCUGUUUGAGGUUGAUGUAGAUAUGUAUGAGUGUCAUGAGAACACCCAUAUUACAGAUGAUAGCUCAAGUGAUGAGGAGUUAGCUACAGCUAGGGAACUGAACAAGCAGUUGGGAGGGGAAAUAGGCUCUGUAUUUGUGGAUACAAUUGACGGAGCUGUGCUUGGCGAUUCACACAUAAUAAGCCACGACGUACACACGGAAGACGAUUUACAUCCAAUAGAUUUUGGAUAUGAAUCUGAAUAUGUGGCAUCCGAUGGUGAGCAAGACAGCCCCCCACCUAGCGACACAGAUGACAUAUUUGCAUAUCGAGUACAGAAAAAAGAUUGUGUGAUAGUUGAAUAUGAUCCAAAAUGUGAUCAUAAGACCAUGGUGUGGAAAGUUGGCCUGAAGUUUAUUAAUUCAUUGCAAUUCAGAGAUGCUGUGCAGUUAUAUGCAUUGAAUAGUGGCAGAAAUUUAACUUGGUAUAAGUCUACACAUAAACAAAUGGAUGUUAGAUGUGUUAGUGGAUGCUACUGGAGAGUGUAUGCUAGUUGGAUGCAAGAUAACAAUGGAUUUGUUGUGAAAACGGUUGGUCCAGAACAUUUGUGUGGAAGAUCUCUAACAAAUAGACAGGCAACUGUUGAAAUGCUAGCCAAAAGAUAUUUGAACAAGUUUAGGGUAAACCCAUCAUGGCCGAUCUCAGAGAUGGAGGAUGAUUUGAGAAAAACAUUUUGUUUGCUAGUUCCAACUCAAAAGUUAUACAGGGUUAGGACAAGAGCAUUACAGAUUCUGAGAGGCACUUUAGAGCAGCACUACAAAAGGCUUAGGCCUUAUAUUGCAGAGAUGCAAAGAGUAGACAAAGAAGGAACAUUUGUGUAUGAACCCAUUCCUAAUAGUAAUAAUGUGUUCAGAAGAAUAUAUGUAGGUUUCUCGUCCUUACGGGAGAAUUAUUUAGAGGGAGGCAGACCUGUUUUUGGGCUUGAUGGGGCAUUCUUGAAGACUUUAAUGGGAGGGUGUUUAUUAGCUGCUGUUGGCCGUGAUGGAAAUAACCAGAUGUUUCCAUUAGCCUGGGCUGUAGUUGAUGCUGAAAAUGGAGAUAAUUGGAACUGGUUCUUGAGACUCUUCACACAAGACUUUAGAAUUAUUGAUGGGCUGAGGUGGACUGUCAUUAGUGACGGUCAAAAGGGACUUUGCAAUGCUAUUGCAACUAAUAUGCCUCAGGCAGAGCAUAGACUAUGUGCUAGGCACGUUUAUGCAAAUUGGAAGAAAAAUUGGAAAGGUGAUGAGUUAAAGAGUUUUUUUUGGAUGGCUGUACAAGCACCAAAUCAUUCAGCUUUUGAUCGCGUUGUAACACAAAUGAGAGCGACUAACAAAGAUGCAUAUGAAGAAUUUAUGGAAAGAAGUCCGGCCAAGUUUUGUAAGUCCUUUUUCCGGACUAAUGUGAAAUGUGAUGCAUCGGAUAAUAAUAUGUGUGAAGCAUUCAAUGGAACCAUCUGUAGGGCAAGAACAAGACCUCUUAUUAACAUGCUUGAAGAUAUACGAUGUUAUGUGAUGGAGCGGAUAUAUAAGAAGAUGCAUUUGAUGCAAAACAGUUCAGAUUUAAUAUGCCCAAGGAUUAGGAAAAUAUUAGACAAAAAUAUUGAAGCUAGCUCGCGUUGCGUGUGCAUUCCAUCCGCAAUAGGGCAUUUCCAAGUAACCGAGGAAGAUGAUCAAUAUGGUGUGAAUUUAAACCAGCGUACAUGUGGGUGUAGGGGUUGGGACUUGAGCGGAAUACCUUGUAGGCAUGUCAUUUCAAGCAUUGCUUUCCUAAGAGAUGACCCAACUAAGUACGUGGAUACCUAUUACACAAGGGAAACUCAUUCUCUUACUUACUCUAGAGGGCUUCCGCCUCUGAAUGGAUAUUUAAUGUGGCCGGCAGUUCCAGGUUCUGACAUCAAACCACCACCUCACAAAGUAAUGCCUGGAAGGCCUAAGAAAAAUAGGGCAAAAUCGAAGGAUGAGAGGUCAGAACUGCCACGAGAUCCCAAAAAACUGCCCAAGACCGGUGUUAAGAUGAAGUGUCGCAACUGCAAUAUGUAUGGCCAUAAUACAAGAACAUGUAAGCAGCCAAGAGAAGUUAACACUGCUGCAACAACCAAGGUAAUUGAUUUAUGUGUUUAUUGUUAACUUUGAAAUGUAUUUGGCUUAUGUUGUGCAGUUUCCAGUAGGUGUAAAACAGUUUUCAGGAGCUUUUAUGCAGUUUUCGUGUAGUUUUCUGCAAUUCCUUUGAUGCAGCUUUUUCUGCAGUGUUGUUGUGCUAGUUUUCCUUUAUUCUUUUGCUAAUUUCCUGCAUUUUUAUGCUUUGAUGCAUCUUUUUUCAAUGAAGUGCAGUUUUGCACUUUUACAGCUUCC